AUGUUAUCAUUUUCUUUUAUCGAUUCAUUUCAUCUGAGUAAAAUAUUUCCUGUUCCAUUGCUAACACCGGAAACGAAUGUUAUUCAGGUUUUACGAUACGGCUUUGGAUGGAUUUUAGUAAAUGUUAUAAUCACAUUAGCAGCAAUAAUUCUUCUAAUUGCGUUUUUUAUCAUAUUCUUCGCUUUUUAUUUCCCGCACCCAUACGAUAUCCACGAUCGAUGGAAAUUGAUUUGUAUUGAUGGAUUAUUACGUUUAAGUAAUGAGUAUAUUGGUGAAAUAGUACACUUUUUAUUUGGUCCUCGAUAUCGUAAUAUAUUGACGAGAAUAAUCUUUUCCGUUCCCCGUUUAUUUCAUCUUUAUUCACCUAAUUGGCUAACAAUUAGAAAUGAAAUUGUUGCCAAUAUCAAAGUUCGUGUUUAUUACCCAAAAAAACGUCGUAGUAAUGCUAUGAUAUUAUAUUUGCAUGGUGGUGGUUGGACGACAUUAAAACCUGUUGAUUAUGAUGAUUUAAUACUUUAUAUUAUAAAACAUCUCGGAAUGCUGAUUAUUUCGGUUGAUUAUCGUCGAUCACCAGAAUAUCUCUAUCCAAUUCCGAUUGAUGACUGCGAAGCAGUUUAUCGAGAGUUAGUUACUAUUGAUUAUAAAAGAUACGGUAUCGACCCGACCCAAAUCUUUGUGAUGGGCGAUAGUGCUGGUGGCAACAUUGCUGCAGUUUUGGCUCAGCGACAGUUACGGGCAAACUUUCAGAAACCAAAAUCACAAAUUCUGAUUUAUCCCACAAUACAUCCAUUUGAUUUUCAAUCACCAUCUUAUCAACAAUAUCAAAAGUUUUUUCCUGGUUGCUCAAUGCUUAAUCCACGGAUGAUGGCGCAGUGGUACUUACAUUACUUAGGAAUUCCAGUUACGCAUAAGAAUACACAAAAACUGCUUCAGAAUAAGCAUAUUCGGAGAGAAGGAAAGGAAGCUGAUAAAUUACGGUCCAUUAUUGAUCAUAAUUUAUUACCAAUCAGUUUCAUCAAUGAAACAGAUAAGAAAUUUGAAAUGGAAUUAGAAGAUGAUUACCUAUGUGAUGCAUUGUCUAAGCAUGUUUACAAUCCUGAUUUAUCACCUAUCAUGGGUACAAAUUUGGAGGGCCUUAGUGAUGCAAUGAUAAUCACAGCGGGAUAUGAUAUUCUCCGUGAUGAGGGCACAUUAUACGAACAAUUAGAGUCCCUUGCACAUCGAAAGCAAAAGGAUAAAUUGGAACAGUUAAGGCGGUUACGUGAUGAUGAAGUAAAAGGAAGAAUUUGCAUUUCGUCCUGA